AAUACUAAGUAAAUGUAACAGUUUCUCACCCUAAAGUUACAGCCUCAGCCACCAUUUCCCUCACCCUCACCCCCAGCCUCAGCCUCACUCUCGUUCAGCCCCAGCAGCCCCUUCUCUCUCGUGCAAGGUUCAUUCGCCGGAGGUCUUCUCUCUCUCUCCCUCGUCUUCUUUCUUUCAAAGGGUUCGUCCGUGGUGCUCCUCAGUCCCCUCCCCUCGCGGUGGUUCUCUUCUCUCCUCAGCCCGGACGUCAUCAAUCAGAGGAUUUACUUAGCCUGGGAGAUUGAGCGGCUGGAGCAGACACAAUGUCUGGUAUGGAUGCUAUUGAUUCGGUUACUAUUCUACCUCACCGGAGCAUUUUGAGUCCUCUUGCGGUUUUUGUCCAGAUCCAGGUUGUUUAAUUCUUUCUCUCUGAAGCUUUUUUAAGCUCUUAGAUCGUCUCUGAGAAUAAAACUAUACAAGAUGUAUACUAAUUUAGCUAAGACCCCUGCAUUUCCAUUGGCUAUGAGGACUUCUUCACAAACCAGUUGCUUUAAACUAUUCUCCACGCCAAAGCCCCAAAGUUUACCAACUGGGUCUCGUCCAAAACCUCGGCAAAGAUCUGAUUCGGUCAUUUUCACUAUUUCGCCAUCUGGGUCUGGUUGCAGAACAAAAAAUAUGAAUUUUUCUACUUAUUCCUGCCCUAAUGUAGCAAAAUCAAAGGAUAUUCCUGGUGGGCUUUGGCUUAAAACUGUUACUGGACAUUCUGUUUUGAUGAAAGGGAGAAGUUUUUCAAAUUCAUCAGCUCAGAAAUUUAAUGAGCGGAGUAGUUUUCCAAGAGCUGGAAAGAAACUCCCUUGGCUAUCCUCGAACAAUGGUAAUAGAGGGAAUAUAGUGAAUGAAACGCCUGCAAAGACUAGUAGUUCUUCUUGGGAGGUAUCUGCCAGGAAGUUAGAUAAUAGUAGCAGUAAGUCUUCUUGGGAGGAAUCGGCAAGCAGAUUUGAGAAGAGGAGUAGUGAGUCUUCUUCGGACGAAUUUGGAAAGAAAAGGGCUGCUUCUCUGGUGGGGAGCAGAGAAAGUAGGAACAGAGAGGUAGACGUGGUUGAGGAUGAUCAAAGAGAACACAGUUCUAGGGACAUAUGGUAUAAAAAAAAUGUAGGACAAGUAACGGAAGAAGCUGAGGCUGUUGAUGAUUCGAGAUGGAAUAAUAUUAAAACUAGGUACAGGGGAGUGGUGGAUGUAAAUGAUGGAUAUGAGAAACCUGAGUUUCGAAGAUGGAAUAAGCAGGAGGAUUGGGGUAGAAAGACAUGGAAAGAGGCUUCUGAAUCAUCUGUGCCUAAGAUGGUUGGUGAAGGUAUUUAUGGGGUUGGUCCAGUUCUGGCCGCUUUGUCAGCUGGAAGAAGAGAAUUUUUUGCACUACACAUCCAGGACGGAUUGGAUUUGAGUAGUAAUAAUAGAAAGAAGAAGGACAAGAAAGGGUUUGAAAAAGUGUUGAAGAUGGCUGAAAAAAUUGGGUUAACCAUAAAUAAAGUGUCCAAGCAUGAUCUCAACAUGGUGGUAGAUAAUAGACCUCACCAGGGUUUGGUGCUUGAUGCUUCUCCAUUGGAGAUGGUUAAGAUAAAAGAACUGGAACCCAUAUCGGUUGAGGAAGAGAAGAAUUCUCUCUGGAUAGCUUUGGAUGAGGUCACAGAUCCUCAGAAUUUGGGGGCAAUCAUCAGGUCUUCUUACUUCUUCGGAGCUUCAGGGGUGAUCUUAUGCGCAAAGAAUUCAGCCCCUUUGAGUGGUGUUGUGAGUAAAGCAAGUGCAGGCUCAGUCGAACUGAUGGAACUAAGAUAUUGCAAAAACAUGAUGCAGUUCUUAACAUCCUCUGCCGAAAAUGGUUGGCGAGUUCUUGGCGGUUCUGUCUCUUCCAAAGCUAUUCCCUUGAAUGAUGUCGUGCCAGGUGAACCAACAAUCCUAGUUUUGGGUAGUGAGGGUACUGGACUGAGGCCAUUAGUGGAAAGGUCAUGCACUCAGCUAGUCAAAAUUCCUUCAAAUGUUCCUGUCAACUUAAUCCCGGGUCAAGAAGAACAUAUCGAAACAGCAGAUAAUAGUUAUGGGGGCUCUGCUGCUGUUGCUGCUGCUGAUUUUCAGUCAUUUUUGGCCGUGGAAAGCUUGAAUGUUAGUGUUGCUGCCGGUGUCCUUAUUCAUCACUUGAUUGGAAAUGAGUAUUAUAAGAAUGAUUCCACCAUUGUUGAUCAGCAAACGAACACACUUGACUGAGAUCCAGGCGAGCCCAUGCAUUACAUUGUUUUUUGCCUUAGUUUUUAUUCAGUGUUUAUAGUUGUUGACGCUGUUUUUUGUCAACUUAAAAUGUAGAACACGUAAACCGUAAGGAAUUAUGACCAGAAAAAAUACAGUAAAACAAAGAGAAUUUUUUA